AAACAAAUAAAUUGAAAGAAAUAGGCAAGAGUAACCAGCUAUUCCGUCGGUUCUACCCUAGAAAUCUACUUAGUGCAUGUUAAUAUUUCUGGUUGGAAGUCUUUGUAAUAUUACAGUGAGGAGAUACGGGAUAAGACUGAAUACUUUUCUGGCAAAGUAACGUUGAGAGUAUGAAAAGAAGAGCUCAAUGGCAGCAAUACAAUGGCCAACGGAAGACGGGAGGACUGAAUCGAUGAGAUCUGAUGACUUAGGUGUGAUCCAAAGGGAUUGCAAAUUCUACACGCUGCCUUCUCGUACAGGACGCCAUUCGUCAGGGGACUCUUCUACAACUGGGUCUGAUAGCGUUCCAAAGAACAACAACAGCGCAACACAUUAUGGAACAUUGCAGCCAACGAAGAACAAAAUAGAGCCUACCUCCAGACACAGCUUCAGAUGCAGUGUCAAAAGAAAAUCUCUGAGACUCCUUAAGACCUUAAAACCAAGUCCCUUAAAGAUGAGCUCGAAUACGAAACGGAAGAAUUUGGAUAAUCUUGGGUUUUACGAGAUACCUAACAACCCCAAUGGGAACUGUUGUAUCAUUGACACUGAUGACAUCGACAAAGGUGAAGUAACUUUCUUCUCUUACAGUGAUGAUGGUUUGUCUUAUACCAAAGAGGAGGUGCCGAUAUGUAGUGCUGGUUGUAAAAAACACAAGAUUAGAUGGGACCUUGGCUUCAAGGACGACAUGGAUCGUCACGAUGAGGAGUACGACAGCGGAGGAGAGUUCAGUGAAUGCGAUGAGGAACAGGUAGAGGAAGUGCUUACUGAUUAUUCUAUGAAGGAAGCCCCUGUCCACUUGAGCACGAAUGGUCAUCUUCCAGGAAACCAUUCCUUUGAGUUGAUGUCGAAUGAGGAUUUUACCUCAUCGUUUGCUUACUGCGAAACAGAGCACCUCAACACAAUAAGACGCAGUACCAUCAAGAGAAAACCGAACAAAUCGACUUCAUCUUCAACCAGUCUAAGUAGUAACAACAGCAGAAAGAGCAGAUUUGUCGCAAAUGUUAAUAGGAAAAUUGCAUCAAAGGCAUGGCCAUUGAGAUCUCUCUGGCAGUUUCUUACUCGAAAGAAGGACGACACAUACCGGAAUAGUUUGGAAGAUUACGGUGAGACGAUUGAGUCAGCCAUGAAGUACAUCAGGAUUGCCUCGCAUUUUGACGAAGCUUCUAUAAGCCUUCGUCUAACUUUGCAGAUUGUAGAUGGGGCGUCAUCUCUGUUACGUGAAGUCCAAACUGAUUUAAUCUCAACGGCGUUGAAAGCGUUUUUCACGAUAGGUGAAGACGACGUCGACGUUUCAUGGGUGAGUGAUGUCCCAAGAGAGAUCCAACGUCAUGUCGCAGUGGGCGAUGCUCGCGUUCACUUUGCAGUACCCGACAUCAGGCAUUGUGUAGCAUGUCUUCUGGUUUCUCCCGAUGCUGCCACUUUACUUCGACGUCGAGAGAGUAUUCUUUUGACGAGUAUUGCAGAGGUGUUGGAGUGUCGAGAAGAGUGUGUAGUUGUCAUGCAAACCAAACCUAUUAAAUGGGAAUCUAACACGAAAUACAAAACAUCAAACGCUGUUUUGUCUUCUUAUCAUAGGUCAUCGUCGUCGCCGUCGGGUGAUUUACGUGUAUGUAGCUCGUUAGAGUGGAUGACUUACAUUCCAUCUUUAUAUACAUGAAUGACAUAACUGUGUACGUGAAAUUCAUCUUGCCAAAGGUGUGCAGUGUCUAGUAUGAUCAGCGUCUUCCAGAACGUUUUACAUCGGACCUCAAUUUUUUUAAAGACAUGUGACGCGAUUCGCUUCCAUUCGCGGUGUGCAAUGACGGAUGUAAAUUUAAUACUAAGCAAUUUUGUAAAUAUUGGAUUCCAGAUGCCACUUUUGCCACUUGAAAUAUCAAGUUUUAUUUGCUUGGCAAUUGAUAUUAUACAUUCAUCAUGCCUAGAAAUGUAAGGAUAUAAUCGGUAUACGCUGAUUGAGAUAUUUUAUCUAAAACUGCACGUGAUUCAUACCACGGAGAGACAUUUACAUAAUAAAACUUGCAUUAAUAAUGGUCAUAAUCUUGACUGAUUUGAUUCGAGUCAAAUACAAAUUAUGUGAAGGAUAUUGGAAUCAGGUUUAUAAAUUUGGACGAAAUCGGAUUCAUCUUUUUUACAAGCCGGUGUCAUUUUUAUGUCUAAAACUUAGUUUUAUCGUAUAGAUAUAUAUAUAUAUAUUCUGACCAAAGUACAAAAUGUAUUUUGAUAUUCAAACAAAUGAAAUGCUCUGAUGAACUGCUGACUUUAUAAUGAAUCUUAAGGUUUUAUAGUUCAUGGAUAGUUCAAUUGGGGAUGGUUUGAUUUAUCAUCAAAGUUCAUGACAGCAAUUAAAUUCUUUGCUCUUCAAAGUUUAGGAGAGAAACUUUAGGAUGUAACUGAUGCGUGACAUACAAACAACGAAAUAUAGAAAAAUGAUUUAGUUGUCUCUUACCUUUGAUGUCAAGGGCUAAAGAAGAAUUUGUUGAAGAUAAUUCCUUUUUUUUUCAUUCGGUAAAUUCAAAGAAGUAUCACUAUACUCUGUGAUAAAUAGAAAGAAUUUUGCCAUUGAAUCGUUAAAAAAAGACACAAUGUAUAAUGCAGAAAAUACGAUUAUAAUUUGAUUAUGGACAAUAGUUGGUCUAUGCUAGCCUGAACCCGUAUGAAGUUUUCAAGAUUUGGUUGUUUAAUAUUCGACCUACUUGAUUGAACUUAAAAUGUAUCACUGUCUUUCUGUAAACCUGCAAAAUAAUGGCAAUGCGUUAUUAUUACAUUGAACGGAUGACUUUUCUAGUUGAUUUAAUUUUGAGGGGGGGGGGUCAAUGGCAACAAUUUAUUUAUUUACAGGGGUAUUCAGUUUUUGUGCGCAUGUCUGCCUCCCUGCAUUGGCGCAGUAUUGAUGUUGGAUAUUAUGAUUAUCAUUUAAGCAAACAAUCUUUUUUUCAAUAUCUGAUGUCACAUUAUGAUUCGAUUUUCAAUCAUGAUAGACGAAUUAAAUAUAAAUUGUGACGUGAGGACACACUUUUGGAGUUUGGCUUACCUAAAUUGUGACGAUUGUUCGUGAACAUGGUGAAGAAAUUGUAAUUAUCAAUCUCAAAGUAAUUGAAAGGAAAUAAGACCCAUAUCCCCUCAUAUCUCAAAAACUAAAACUAAAUUGCUGCCUAUAAAUUUAGUUAUGAAUAGAAUAGGACUUGUACUCUCAUUUUUUUUUUUUUUUUUUUUUUAAACAAAAUUGACCGAUACGACGGUUCGGAUGAACGCCGACGAAUAUGUAUAUGUACCUUUACUUUGCCUCCAUUUUCUACGGGCGGGCGGAGUGGGGGCUGUCUCGACAUGAUACUAAAACCAGAUAAGUGGCAUAGAGGAAUAGAGGCUCAAGCAGCAAGAGUAUAUGGACAACUUAAAAAGUGGUCUCUAAAUGCAACUCUCCAUCCAAACCAAACCCAUUGGCAGCUUAAUGUUCUGUUCCAUAGUACAGUAGGCCAAUAUGAGCCUGGAGUUGGUCGACAUGGGGGUAUUAGUGUUGUCUAAUUGAUUGUUUUCUGGAAGAAAAAAAAUCUACAUGGAUCAGGGGAUGAGAAAACUACAUUUAACUCUUUGCUGACAUUUAUCCACUAUAGACUCGCUUUACAUGGUCUGAUCCUUGCUGAGAUUUAUCAAAUUCUGUCCAUGGAAUGCCUUUUCUUUACGGAUGCACGCACCAUUAAAUCGGAUAGAAAUUCCACAAAAAGAAACAAACAACCUUGCUAACAUUGUUCCAAUGUCGAAUUGAAAUACGUGAACCAACCAUUGGUCUUAUAAUAGUUUAUAAUAAUGAUGACGAAGUAGGUAGUGGUGAGAAGUGGGAGGGGCGGGGAGGAGGGGUGCUUAACCCCCCCCCCCUCGAGAGUCCUUUAAUUGUUUCUUUGACAUGAUGUUGGUUUCUUGUGAGAUAAAUACAGACGGUCAUAAUAUGCAUAAUCAUAUCUUAUUGUGUGCUUGUGGGCAGACGUGUACACAAAGAUUGUUUGGAUCUUUUCAGUCGAUGUUUUUACCUUGUAUUGUGAAAAAUCAGUGAAACGAACAUGUAAUUGGGCAAUGUUUGAAAUUUAGGUGGGUUGUAUAGCAUUGGGAAUUAAUCGUCCGCAAUGCCUGUAGGUGUUGUGGGAACUUGCCAGAAAUAAUGUCUUUCAAAAGGUUUUGCCAACAUAUCCAAACAAUCAGAUCUGGAACCUACUCUCUUAUUUGGAAGAGGAAACAAUACUCCAGCAAUCGUGAUGUUAGGUGAAUACAAAAAAAUCAUUCAAUAUGUGAAAAAUAGAUAUAAUACCCAUAAACGUUUGUCUCGAACUGUUGAUAUUCAAUAUUAUGCUGAAACUCCUUACGAAGUUGUUUAAAGGUCAAGUCCACCCCAGAAAAAUGUUGAUUUGAAUAAAUAGAGAAAAAUCAAACUAGCACAACAUUGAAAAUUUCAUCAAAAUCGGAUAUAAAAUAAGAAAGUUAUGACAUUUUACAAGUUCCGAUUAUUUUUCACAAAACAGUGAUAUACACAACUGAGUGACAUGCAAAUGAGAUGAUCGAUGAUGUCCCUCACUUACUUUUUUAUUGUUUGAAUUAUACAAUAUUUCAUUUUUUACAAAUUUGACAAGAAGGACCAACUUGACUGAACCAUAUGGUAUUAAACAAUGCUAAUUCCACAUGUUCAGGGAGGAAUUAAUCGUUGUUUCACUUGGCAAUGAGGAGAAAAUUAGAAUAUUUUAUGUAAUAAAAUACAAAAGAAAUAGUGAGUGGAUGACGUCAUCAGUCUCCUCAUUUGCAUACAGACCAGGAUGUGCAUAUAACUGUUUUGUGAAAUUAAGCGAAACUUUAAAAUUUCAUAACUUUCUUAUUUUACACCCGAUUUUGAUGAAAUUUUCAGUGUUAUGUUUGUUGGAUUUUUCUCUUUUUAUUCAAAUCAACUUUUUGUUGGAGUGGACUUGUCCUUUAAUGUUUAAAGCACCAGCUUUGGGGAAAAAAUAAUGAUAAUAAUAUCAAUACACAAUGAUAAUACCAUAACCUCUUUCAUAUUUUGCUUUGAGUUAUCCAUUAUGAAAUCAAAGUGCCCCAUAUGAGUUUCUUAUGAACAUCUUCACAUGUAAUUAUUUUUUAAUGCAAGUUAAUUAUGCCAGAGUAUAUCUUAUUUAUAAUAAACUCAUGGGUCUCCUGACAUGGAUGUGAUGAAUCAUGCUACAAGAA